AUGGAUCGUGCCUCGGGCUCAAUUGCACAUCCACCAUAUUUUGACGGCAACAACUAUGGCGCUUGGAAGGCCAAAAUGAAGUCGUUUCUUUGGUCCUUAGAUGAACGUGUAUGGAGUACAGUGGUUCAUGGAUUUCCUAAACCCACAAAGAAGAUCGGAAAAGGAGAUGAAGAAACCACAAUCCUCAAAGCUAGAGAGGAGUGGACCACUGCAGAAGUCACACACAGCACUAAUAAUCAAAAAGGGUUAAAUGCUUUAUUUACUGCUGUCUCUUCAGAUCAAUUUGAAUAUAUAUCUGGUUGUGAUACUUCUAAGGAAGCUUGGGAUAUUUUGCAGGUUACCCAUGAAGGAACAGAUACUGUCAAGGGAGCCAAGCUUCAAAUGCAUACUUUACAGUUUGAGACACUCAUGAUGGAUGAGAAUGAAACUUUUUCUGAAUUUUAUGCUAAACUGUGUGUAAUUGUGAAUGCUUGUUCAAGUUUAGGUGAAAAAAUUCCAGAAGACAGGGUUGUGAAAAAGAUUUUGAGAUCCUUGCCUCAACGAUUUCAACCAAAGAUCACGGCUAUUGAAGAGAUCCGUGACUUGAACACCUUGAAAGUUCAAGAACUCAUAGGGUCCAUACAAACCUAUGAGAUGAAACAUCUAGCCCUUAAAAAGGGCAAAACUGUUGCUUUCAAGGUUGUGAAUGAAGAAGAUGAUGGGCAUUCAAAUGAAGAUUGCAGUGAUGAGGAAUUAACGAUUCUCACAAGACGAUUCAUGAACUUUCUCAAGAAUCAAGAUCCAAGGAGUCGAGAUUCAAAAGGUAUAAAUUCUAAAAAUAGGUUUGUUAACUAUACUGAUGGUGGGUCUAAAUUUCGCAGGUCAAAUGAACGAAAGAAUCCAAGAGAAAAGGUCCAAUGUUUUGAAUGUGAAGGCUAUGGACACAUAUCUUCGGAAUGUGCCAACACCUUAAAGAAACAAAAGGAUAGCAAGAAUAAGGCAAUGCAUAUUACUUGGAGUGAUAGUGAAUCGAAAUGCGAGAAUGAUGAAAAGACGGUUGCACUCAUAACCACAGUUAGCUUGGAUGAAUCACAUGAGGAUGAUGAUUGUAAAGAAGUUGCUGUGCUGAAGCUGGAAAAUUGCAGGAUUGCAAACGAGUUUCAAUCCCCUGAUGCAGAUUCUAAAAAGAGCUUGUGGUCUCCUGUUUGGCGUGAUUACUUAGAACCAUAUAGGAAGUUUGGCUCUGUUAUUCAGCAUGCAUCUAAAUCUUAUAUUGAUGAUGGGAAGUUUGCAUGGGCUGACGAAUUGAGGUAG